AUGGCGGAAGUGGCGCUGGCUCUGGCUGGCGCACGGGCUGGCCUAGACUUUGUGGUAUCACCGAUCCUGAAGAAGCUCCUAGCUGACCCUGCAAGGUGCCUUGGUGUGGACAUGGCAAGUGAGCUCCAUGAACUGGAGACCAACAUCAUGCCGCAGUUCGCUCUACUGGCUGAAGCAGCUAACAAGAGCCCGCACAGGCCAAUGUUGAACAACUGGAUCCAGCAGCUCAAAGACGCCUUCUGUAAAGCUGAGGACCUACUGGAUGAGCAUGAGUACAACAUCCUCAAGCGCAAAGCUGAGAGUGGGAAGGACUCUUCGCCGGAGCAUGCAUCUUCCAGUAUUGCUAUUAUGAAGCAUGUACGUACUGCGUCGAGCAGGCUGUCCAAUCUGCGCCCAAAGAAUAAACGGCUGUUUGAUCAACUGAAGGAACUGAAGUCCAUCUUGGCCAAAGCGAAGGACUUCCGUGAACUGCUCAGCUUACCUGCCUGUAAUAGUGCUGAGACCUCCGCAGUACCAACAACUGUUGUUCCACUUGUCACAUCAAUGGUACCUCAAAAAGUGAUUGGUCGUGACAAGGAUCGAGAUGGUAUUAUAGAUCUUCUUACCAAGCCGAUUUCUGUUGAGUCUGAUACAAGUAGGUAUUCUGGUCUAGCCAUUGUUGGACUUGGAGGCAUGGGAAAAUCCACCUUAGCGCAGCAUGUUUACAAUGACAAGAGGGUAGCAGAUCAUUUUGAUGUCAGGAUGUGGGUCUGCAUCUCACGCAGACUUGAUGUUGAGCGCAACACACGGGCGAUUAUUGAAUCAGCAGCAAAGGGAGAGUGCCCGCAUAUUAACAAUCUUGAUACUCUACAGUGCAAAUUAAGGGAGAUACUGCAAAAGUCAAACAGAUACCUUCUUGUGUUGGAUGAUGUAUGGUUUGAAGAAGGCACGAAUGAGAUGGAGUGGGAGAAACUGUUGUCUCCUUUAGUAUCUCAACAGGCGGGAAGCAAAGUUUUGGUAACUUCUCGAUCAGAUGUACUCCCAGCUCCUCUUUGCUGUAAUGAAAUUAUUCAUUUGAAAGACAUGGAAGAUAGAAAUAUCUUAGCACUCUUCAAGGACCAUGCAUUUUGUGGCACAACAAUUGGAGACCGAAGAUUGCAUGAGCAGCUAGAAACUAUUGCAGAGAAGCUUGCUAAAAGACUUGGAAGAUCUCCUCUGGCAGCAAAAACUGUGGGCUCGCAGCUGAGCAGGAAAAAGGAUAAGGCUGCAUGGGAAGGUGCUCUAAGGCUUGACAACUUAAGCAAUCCCAGUAGUGCACUUCUGUGGAGUUACGAGAAAUUAGAUCCAAGUCUCCAGAGGUGUUUUCUGUAUUGCAGUUUAUUUCCAAAAGGCCACCUUUAUUCCACUAAGGACUUGGUUAACAUGUGGGUAGCAGAGGGACUUAUUGAUCCGUGCAAUGUGAACAAGAGAGUGGAAGAUAUUGGGAAUGAUUGCUUUGAUGAGAUGCUCUCAGUGUCAUUCUUUCAACCAGUUUACAAUAGUGACAUGAUUGUGUACUACUAUGCUAUGCAUGACCUCGUUCAUGAUUUGGCAGAGUCACUGUCUAAAAAAGUCUUCUUCAGAUUAGAAGAUGAUAAGGUGGCAUCAAUACCAUGCACUGUUCGACAUCUAUCUGUUUGUGUUAAGAGUUUGAAGCAACAUCAGCAUUUAAUCUGCAGGCUACAUCAUUUACGUACCUUUGUCUGCAUUGAGCCACUUACAGAUGAUGCAAGAGACAUUUUCCAGCAGGUGCUGCAGAAAUUGAAGAAGUUACGUGUACUCUAUUUGUACUUUUAUAACAGCAGCAAGCUACCUGAAUCUGUUGGUGAAUUGAAGCACCUUCGGUACUUGAACCUCCAAAAUACUACAAUCUCUGAAUUGCCUGGAUCAUUGUGUGCUCUUUACCACUUGCAAUUCCUUCAGCUCAGUGAUGAGAUGGUUAAAAUUUUACCUGAUAAAAUAUUCAGUUUAAGUAAGUUGAGAUAUCUUGAAGGAUGUGGCCAAAUCCCAUACAUAGGCAAGUUAACUUCGCUGCAACACCUCAAACAAUUUUGUGUACAAAAGCAGAUGGGCUAUGAGGUGCAGCAGCUAAAGGACAUGAAUGACCUUAGAGGCAGUUUAACUAUCCAAAAUCUUGAGAAUGUCGCUGGGAAGGAUCAAGCCUUAGAAGCAAAGCUACAUCAGAAAAGUCAUCUUGAGAGCUUGCACCUUGAAUGGAGUUACAAAAAUGACAUGACCGCACAUGAUAGUUUACAUUUGGAAACUCUGGAAGGUUUGAUGCCACCGCCUCAGAUUAGGGGCCUUACUAUCAUAGGUUACAGAUAUGCAAAAUAUCCAGACUGGUUGCUUGAGGAUUAUUAUUUCCAGAAUUUGGAAUCACUUGCGCUUGUUAAUUGCAGUGCCUUAGAAAUCCUACCAUCCAAUGCGGCUCUCUUUGGGAACUGCUCCUCACUCCGCCUCGAGAAUGUCCCAAACCUGAAGAAAUUACCUUCUCUUCCAUCGAACCUUGAAGAGUUAGCGAUUGAGAAAUGCAUGUUGCUUAUGUUUAUUUGCAACGAUGAGCUAGAAAAACAUGACCAGAGAGAGAAUGCCACGAUGACAUACAACUUGAUGUCACGGCUUUCUUCCAUGUGGGAGGCAGAUUCAGGAUCAAAAAUCAGGAACAUACUAUUGUCAGAGCAUUCAUCUCUGAAGCAAUUGAUGAUAUUGAUGGAUGCUGAUAUUUCUCAUCUUCAAACCAUUGAAAGUACUCUAGAAAGGGAGGGGGAUGAAGCAUUGGUAAAAGAGGUCAUCAUCAACGCGUGGAUAUAUUGCCAUGAGGAGAGGAUAAGAUUCAUUUGUACAACGAACAUCGGCCUGCCACUGGUUCCGCCAUCAGGGCUUUGUCGGCUUUUCCUUUCUUCCUGCAUCGUUACAGAUGGAGCAUUGGCUGUUUGCCUUAAUGGUCUCACUUCACUUAGAAGUUUGUCAUUAAAAGAGAUUAUGACUUUAACUACACUUCCAUCACAACGUGUCCUCCAACAGUUGGCAAAGCUUGAUGGCUUGUCUAUUGACUCGUGCUGGUGUCUUAGAUCCUUAGGGGGAUUACGAGCUGCUACCAGCCUCUCAUACAUUUCAUUAUGGAGCUGCCCUUCUUUAGAAUUGACAUUCAGAGUAGCAGAGUACUCAGUUGUUACUUAG